UACUGCCUCUCAUGGCCCUCCGCAGCCUGUCCUGGAUGCUGCUCUCCUGCCUGAUGUUCCUAUCUCAAAUCCAAGGCGAAGACUCCCAGAAUGAUAUGCGCUCAUCACGGAGCAGAUGUCCCAAAGGCUCCAAGGCCUAUGGCUCCCACUGCUAUGCCGUGUUUACAACACCAAAAUCCUGGAUGAACGCAGAUAUGGCCUGCCAGAAGAGGCCCUCAGGAUACCUUGUGUCUGUGCUCAGUGGGGCUGAGGCAUCCUUUGUGGCCUCCCUGGUCAAGAACAAUGUGAACACCUACUCAUAUGUCUGGAUUGGGCUCCAUGACCCCACAGAGGGCUCUGAGCCCAACACAGGUGGAUGGGAGUGGAGUAGCACUGAUGUGCUGAAUUACUCUGCCUGGGAGAGAGAUCCCACCACCAUCUCAAACCCUGGCUCCUGCGGGAGCCUGUCACGAAGCACAGGAUAUCUGAAAUGGAAAGACUAUAGCUGUGAUGUGAAGUUACCCUACGUCUGCAAGUUCAAGAACUAGGAGGGCUGGGCGUCAUCUGCUUGAGUCUGGUAUGCAGCUCAUCAUGGACAUGGGACCAGUGUGAAGACCCACCCAGGACAAGAAUAUUUUCUCCACACCACCAACCUGACCACCUCAUUCUGCCCUUCCCUUCUCCUCAGCCUCCUGUCAGACUUUUUUUGUCUGUUGCAU